AUGGCUUCCAUGAACUGGCUGGGCUUUUCUCUUUCCCCUCAAGAACUCCCUGCAUCAAACCCUCAUCAUCACCAUGAUCAAGAUCACUCUGCUCAGUCCACAGUAGUCUCACGCCUUGGCUUCAACUCCGAUGAAAUCUCCGGUAACGAUGUCUCCGGCGAGUGCUUCGAUCUCACUUCCGACUCCACUGCUCCUUCCCUAAACCAUCUCCCUCCCCCUUUUGGCAUACUUGAAGCCUUCAACCGAAACAAUCAUCACUCCCAAGAUUGGAAUAUGAAGGGUUUAGGGAUGAACUCGGACACAAACUACAAGACUAGCUCAUCAUCAGACUUCUCUAUGCUAAUGGGUAACACUCAAAACCCAGAAAACCAACAUCAACAUCAACAACAACAACCGAAGCUCGAGAACUUCCUCGGCCGACACUCUUUUCAUCAUCACGACCACACCGGCGUUUCAUACAGCCCCAACCCUGCCGCCGCCGCAGACUACAUGUUCCCGACAACCUGCGGCUCUCUGCACGUGCCGUCGGAGGCGGUGGACCGUGGUGCAAACAACAACAGCAACAGCAACAACAACAAUAGCAGCUCCAUUGGGCUUUCCAUGAUCAAGACGUGGCUAAGGAACCAGCCAGCGCCGACGACCCAGCAGGAGAACAAAAACGACGUCGGUGCAACUACUGGUAAUGGUGCUUGUGGGAAUAGUAAUACUGCUACUACUGCUAAUGGGCAGAGUAGCCUCUCGCUUUCGAUGAGUACUGGAUCGCAGUCCAGCUCGCCUUUGCCACUUCUUGCGGCGGCGAGCGGUGGAGAGAGUUCUUCGUCGGAUAAUAAUAAACAGCAGCAGCAGCCGAGGACAACGGCGGCGGGGAUCGAUAGCCAGACUGGAGCUAUUGAGGCCGUGCCUAGAAAGUCCAUUGAUACUUUUGGACAAAGAACUUCUAUAUACCGUGGUGUAACAAGGCAUAGAUGGACAGGUAGAUAUGAGGCUCAUCUAUGGGAUAAUAGUUGCAGAAGAGAAGGCCAAACUCGUAAGGGAAGGCAAGGAGGUUAUGACAAAGAAGAAAAGGCGGCUAGAGCUUAUGAUCUAGCAGCAUUGAAAUACUGGGGUACCACAACCACUACUAAUUUCCCUAUCAGUAAUUACGAAAAGGAAUUGGAAGAAAUGAAGCACAUGACAAGGCAGGAAUAUGUAGCCUCUUUGCGAAGGAAGAGUAGUGGGUUUUCUCGGGGUGCGUCCAUUUACCGAGGUGUAACAAGACACCACCAGCACGGAAGAUGGCAAGCGAGGAUUGGACGAGUUGCAGGAAACAAAGACCUCUACUUGGGCACUUUCAGCACACAAGAGGAAGCAGCAGAGGCAUACGACAUUGCAGCCAUCAAGUUCCGAGGGCUAAACGCAGUGACGAACUUCGACAUGAGCAGAUACGACGUCAAGUCCAUCCUGGAGAGCAGCACACUGCCAAUCGGCGGGGCAGCGAAGCGGCUGAAAGACGUCGAGAAAGCGGAAAUGACGGUCGACGGACAGCGCAUAACCGACGACGACAACAUGAGCUCUCAGCUCACCGACGCCAUCAGCAACUACGGCCACCACAAUACCUGGCCCACACUCGCAUUCCAGCAGCCUAAUUUCGUUAUGCAUAAUUACCCGUACGGCCAAAGGGUUUGGUGCAAGCAAGAGCAGGAUACUACUUCUGAUCAACAUAGCAGCUUUCCUCAUGAUCUUCACCACCAGCUUCAGCUGAGCAACACCCACAAUUUCAUUCAACCAAAUUCCGUUCUUCACAAUCUGAUGGGAAUUGAUCACUCGUCUCCCACCAUUGAACAUAGCUCCGGUUCAAACUCCGUCAUGUAUGGGGACAACAAUAACGGUAAUAACUACGGAAACGGUACUAAUAGUACUGGUGGGUACGUGAUUCCUAUGGCAACAGUUAUAGCAAGCGAUCAAGGAAAUAACGGUUUUGGUGAUAGUACUACUAGUACUACAACUCAUGAUGUGUUUGGUACAUCCACGGAUGCUUAUCAUAGGAGCUUGUAUUAUCUGCCGCAGCAAUCGCAGGUUGGUGUGGUUAAGGCCAGUGCUUAUGACCAGGGCUCGGCCUGCAACAACUGGGUUCCGACCGCCGUCCCGACCCUCGCACCGAGGUCUAAUAACAUGGCGGUUUGCCACGGAACUCCGACUUUCACGGUUUGGAACGAUGCAUAG